AUUUCGUCAAUCAUGUCUUGAUACAAUUGAAAAUUUUCGUCAUAUCUAUGAUUUUCUUGCUUCAAACGAUGAAACUUGUAAUCUUCUCAGUCGUUUUCGUUUAUGGCCAAUUAUAUUUAUUCCACGAACUCAAAAUACUGGUGAUUUCUUAUUCGUUCAACAAACAUUUUGGAAUGAUCCAAUAUCUCUAUUGUCAUUACAAGAUACAAUUGUAGAUUCAAAUGGUCGUAUUCCUAUACGAUCCUAUUAUAAUGAUGAUUCUAUUUUAACUACAUUCUUUCUUAAAAUACUUCAUGUUGAAUUACAUCCAACAAUUGAUGAUUAUUUACCAUUAUUAUCGAUUGAUCAAGAUAUUAAUAAGAUUUGGCAGAUUAUUGAAAUAAUUACAAAACUAGCUGUAGAACAGAGCAAACAAAAUGAAGUUCGAGAAAAAUGUCUUAAUAUUGAAUUUAUUCCGUGUAUGGGUGAUAAACAAAAAUUAGUAAAAUAUACCGAUCAUCCAUUUUAUCCACAUGACAUAGACAUUGCCAAUCUAUUUUCAGAUAUUUUGUCAAUUAUUAGAUUACCAGGUUUUGCCAUUGAUACUUAUUUUCAAGAACAAUUCCGUUCGCUUUUUUCAAUUGAAACUCUUGAUAAAAUCAUUCAAACUAAAGUGAAUGUUGAAAAUGAACAAUUAUCAAUAAAUCUAACUGAUUUCUAUAGUUGUUCUAUUGAUCUUAUUCAAUAUUUUCUUUUAAGUAAAGAAUAUAUAUCUACUGCUCGAUCCAUCUAUUUAUCAUCUGUAUUUAAUCGUAUGCAUUUUGUUUGUGUUGAUCGUAUACAUUUAUCACAUUGUUAUGGAAUAAAUAUUAUUAAAUCAACAUCAACAUCUUACAGUAGAGAUACAUAUAUUGAUGAACAAUCAGGCAAAUUUUAUAUCUUAAAAAAAUAUGAAACUUCUGAAAUGCGUUAUAUCGACACUAUGGUUGAUUUUAUUGUUGAAGACGACAAAAUUCGAUCACAACUUUCAUCAUAUAUCAAAAGACUUUUGCAAAGAUAUCAGACAGAUGGUGAAGAUGGUUUAGCUAAGUUGCGAGAAAAUUGCACGGACAAUUACGA